UAGCACUUUUCAUACCACAAAAAAUUGCCUCUUUUAGUGUUGAGCACUUGAGGCAGCUCGCUUGCUCAGUCACAGCUUCAAGACUAGAACUGUAUAUACAGAUUUUAUGUAUUAGUAGUAAGAUUCACACCACCACACACAUUCAUUCUAUUAUUGCUUCGUGUCCUGACCUGAAGUAGAAAUGCAGCAUAUGCUCAAUUCUGUGGUUUUGUGACGCUCCUUUGCUCACCACUCACACACACACUCAUUAUUUUUCCAAGAUUCUUGAUUUCUACUGUGAUUCUCUGAUAGUACAGUUAUACAUGCAACUUAGAUAGAGAGAGAGGAAAAAGAUCCAGUUUUGAGGUUGAUUGGAGAGUUAGAUGUGAGAAUGAGUUCAUCUUCUAAGUGGGUUUUUGGGUUGUGCAUUUUGGGGAUUCUUGUUUGUGGGGUGGUGAAAUGCAGUGUUACUUAUGAUAGGAAGGCCCUGAUAAUCAAUGGGCAGAGAAGAAUUCUCAUUUCUGGUUCUAUACAUUAUCCCAGAAGCACUCCUGAGAUGUGGGAAGAUCUGAUAAACAAGGCUAAAGAUGGAGGUCUUGAUGUGAUUGAGACUUAUGUGUUUUGGAAUGCUCAUGAACCUAGUCCUGGCCAUUAUAACUUUGAAGGGAGAUAUGAUUUGGUGAGGUUUGUGAAAGCCAUUCAAAAAGCAGGAUUAUAUGCUCAUCUUAGAAUUGGGCCUUAUGUUUGUGCAGAGUGGAAUUUUGGCGGAUUUCCUGUUUGGCUGAAAUACGUGCCGGGGAUUAGCUUCAGGACAGAUAAUGAGCCAUUCAAGAUGGCAAUGAAAGGCUUUACUAAGAAGAUAGUCGACAUGAUGAAGGCCGAAGAUCUGUAUGAAUCUCAGGGUGGCCCCAUUAUUCUCUCCCAGAUUGAGAAUGAGUAUGGUUCACAAGCGAAGCAACUUGGCGAGCCUGGUCAUCAAUAUGUGACUUGGGCUGCAAAGAUGGCUGUUGGACUCAAUACCGGUGUUCCUUGGGUGAUGUGCAAGGAAGACGACGCACCAGAUCCUGUGAUCAAUUCGUGCAACGGGUUCUAUUGCGAUACUUUCUCCCCAAACAAGCCCUACAAACCGUCUAUCUGGACCGAGGCUUGGAGUGGCUGGUUUACAGAAUUCGGUGGACCGAUUUACCAGCGACCAGUUAAAGAUUUGGCAUUUUCUGUAGCUAAAUUCAUCCAAAAUGGGGGCUCAUUUGUUAACUACUACAUGUAUCAUGGUGGCACGAAUUUUGGACGCUCCGCUGGAGGCCCUUUUAUAACGACAAGCUACGACUAUGAUGCUCCACUUGACGAAUAUGGUUUGAUCAGGCAACCUAAGUAUGGUCAUCUUAAAGAGCUGCACAAAGCUAUUAAACUAUGUGAGAAAGCUUUGGUUUCAGCUGACCCCACUGUGACUUCACUAGGAAACCUUCAGCAGGCUCACGUAUACUCUUCAGAAUCUGGAGAUUGUGCAGCCUUUCUUGCAAAUUAUGAUACUAAUUCUGCGGCAAAAGUGAUGUUCAAUAAUGUCCAUUAUAGUAUGCCUCCUUGGUCGAUCAGCAUCCUUCCCGACUGCAAGACCGUAGCCUUCAACACAGCCAAAGUUGGAGUCCAAACAUCACAAUUGGACAUGCUGCCAAGCAACAGCAAAAUGUCUUCCUGGGAAACGUAUAAUGAAGAUUUAUAUUCUUCUGACGAUGGCUCAGCAUUUUCUGCUGUCGGCCUCUUGGAACAGAUAAAUGUUACUAGAGAUGCUAGUGAUUAUCUUUGGUACACAACUAGCAUUGACGUUGACUCAUCAGAGUCGUUUCUUCACAGUGGAGAGCUCCCAACUCUUAUCGUUCAGUCAGCUGGUCACACUUUGCAUGUUUUUGUCAAUGGAGAGCUUUCCGGUUCUGCCUUUGGGACGAGGGAGAAGAGGAGAUUCACAUUUCGAGGGGAAAUCAAUCUUCGUGCUGGAUCGAAUAAAAUUAGUCUCCUCAGUGUCGCAGUUGGACUGCCAAAUGUUGGUGGACAUUUUGAAAACUAUAUGACCGGAGUGCAGCCUCCCGUUGUAUUGCAUGGACUUGACCGGGGAAAAUUGGACUUGUCGUGGGUGAAAUGGACAUACAAGGUUGGACUAAAGGGAGAAACGAUGAAUCUCGUCUCUCCAAAUAGCAUUUCUUCCGUCGACUGGACAAAGGGUUCACUAAGUGCACAGAAAGAUCAACCGUUAGCAUGGCAUAAGACGUACUUCGACACACCUGAUGGAGACGAGCCACUUGCUUUGGACAUGAGUAGCAUGGGAAAAGGCGAACUGUGGGUCAAUGGCGAGAGCCUCGGAAGAUACUGGACCGAAUAUGCAGCUGGUGACUGCAACGGCUGUAGUUACGCGGGCGUCUAUAAGCCUCCCAAGUGUCAAUUUGGUUGUGGAAAACCAACUCAAAGAUGGUAUCAUCUACCAUGGUCAUGGCUAAAACCAACGCAGAAUCUCCUCGUGCUCUUUGAAGAACUUGGAGGUGACCCGAAAGGGAUCACUCUUGUCAAGAGGUCAGUGACGACAGUUUGUGCAGACGUCGCUGAGUAUCAUCCAAACAGUAAGAGAUGGCAAAUCGAAAGCAAUGACAGAACACAAGUGUUCCGCCAACCAAAAAUUCACCUUCACUGUGGUCUGGGGCAGUCGAUAUCUUCCAUCAAGUUUGCCAGCUUCGGAACUCCUUUGGGAACCUGCGGAAGCUUUCAGCAAGGAACAUGCCAUGCUCCGACCUCAUACGACAUCUUAGAGAAGAAUUGCGUAGGGAAGCAAAGAUGCUCAGUGACAAUAUCAAACAAUAACUUCGGGAAAGACCCCUGCCCCAACAUUGUGAAGCGCCUCUCGGUCGAAGCAAUAUGCGCCUCUCGAAAAUAAUGUAUCUACCGCGGAAGCAAAAGGUGAAUAAAAGGGAUCCAGUGGUGCUGUGUGAAGCUGGUGUUAUUGCAUCAGAUUGCAUAGCUCUAGGUAGUUUUUUGUUAACCAGGAAAUUUGCUAUUUGUAAUCUAAGUGUAGGAGAAAUGAAAUUCUAGGCAACUAUGUAGCUUUGAAUAAAAAGCAUAUGCAUUUAUUGAAUAAAACGUCAACAUUAGUCAGCAAGAGAAAUAAAAAUAACUGAUUAUUACUAGCA